AUGCUUUCAGGAACUUUGGGUUACAUAGGUCUGGAGUACCUUCUGUUAGGUUCUGAGGAAAGGAAGAAAAAUGAAAAUUGGCGUUUCCACAAUGGGAUAGACCUGGAACAAGAGCAGCAUUAUGCUUUCAGGAACUUUGGGUUAAGUAGCUCCGGAAGCAANAACUCUCUCAACCCAAACCCGAGUCCACCAGCAGCGACCCAACUACGCUUGAGACGACGGCAACGACGGCGCCACUCUCUCUCAGGCCCACAGUCACUGCCCCCAACAACCCCCAGGGAACCAUGCAACCGGCCUCAACCCCCUUCCGCGUCCUUUUCUCUUUCACGUCUUCUCUGCAAAUUCCAGAAGUUCGCAACCAUCCCAAUCCCAACCCCUACAAUGCAGUUCACAACAAGAAGCUCAAGGAGAAAAAUUCCUCCGGUACGCACCACACAGUGGCUUCAGCAACCAGUUGUCCGAGUUCAAGAACAUUUUAAUAGGUGCGGCUCAGUGUUGUGACGAGGAAACUUU